AUGAGCGCAAUAAGAUACUCCCCCCCUGCUAAAGUAAAGGGGGUCUGCUGGACGGAGGAAGAAGCUCUGGGGCUGAAUAUUGUCGUGAAAGAGGAGAAGGAAGAGGAGGAUGUCACCGUAAAAAAUGAAGUAACGUUAGAUGGUGAGGUUGUUACAGUGAAAGAGGAAGAAGUUACAGUGAAAGAAGAGGAAGACGCGUUCAGAGUGAAAGAGGAGAAUGCAGUGUUUUCGGUGAAGAAAGAUGGAGAGAUAACUGUCAUAUUGAAAGAGGAGGAAGAAGAAAAGACUGGAGAUCUGAUUAACACAAGUAAGUAGCUACUGUCUUAAACGGGUACAAAGUUGUUGAACUAAUGUGUGUUUUAAAGCAGCAUUCUACUGAAGUUCUACACAUGUUGUUCUGUACUGUAGAAAUUGUUAAAGCUAAACUGUAAGAUGUGUAUACCAACCGAGUUGGCCACCAACAAAAUGGAUGAAUCAAAUGCAUUAAAUUACAUUGAUAUUACAAUCCAUUUUUAUAGAACUCUGCUCAGCCUAAAAACAUGACAUUCCAUGAGAGCAAGAUUAGAUUUGAAGCUCUACAUUAUUAGUAUCAUUAUUAUUAUUAUUAUUAUUAUUAUUAUUAUUAUUAUUAUGGGUGAGCGAACCUAUUAUUUUUGAUUGAAUUAUUUUUAUUAGGGGUGCCGGUAGCUACAGAUUGUUACACCAGAUAAUGUGAUUUAACCAAACAUUUUUGGUAUCCAUUACUGGGAGUUACAGGAUAGGUACUGUUUGGUGUAGCACAGAUAAUUUUUGACCAAUGAUGAUACUAUCUUCAUUCUCAAUUCAGCCAAACAUGUAUCUUCUGAAAUGUGUCCAGUUGCAGGUGGUGCGUUUGAAUUUAUACUGAACAAAAAUAUAAACGCAACAUGUAAAGUGUUGGUCCCAUGACAAUUGAAUGGCGCCGGAGGAGAUGGAUGCCUUUUUACGGGCUCCUAACCAAUUGUGCUAUUGUGUGUGGGUUUUUUUCACGUUAUUUGUAACUUAUUUUCUACAUAAUGUUUCUGCCAAAGUCUCUUAUGACCGAAAAGAGCUUCUGGAUAUCAGGACAGCGAUUACUCACCUCGUACUGGACAAAGAUUUUUUCUUCAAUGAGUCGGACGCAAAGGAUGUUCCCAAAUCCCCUUCAUUCGCAUGAGAAAGAGACGGAGAUAUCGGGGACGUAGGUCGGGGUGCCUUGUAAGGAUCCGACGGCGAGUGGGUAAUCUGCCUCUACCAUCAGUCCUAUUAGCCAACGUACAAUCACUGGAUAACAAAAUAGACUAACUACGAUCACGGAUACCCUACCAAUGGGACAUAAAAAACUGUAAUAUCUUAUGUUUCACAUUUACAUUACAUUUUACAUUUUAGUCAUUUAGCAGAUGCUCUUAUCCAGAGCGACUUACAGUUAGUGAGUGCAUACAUUUUUAUUUUUUAUACUGGAAUCGAACCCACAACCCUGGCGUUGCAAAUGCCAUGCUCUACCAACUGAGCUACAUCCCUGCCGGCCAUUCCCUCCCCUACCCUGGACGACGCUGGGCCAAUUGUGCGCCGCCCCAUGGGUCUCCCGGUCGCGGCCAGCUACGACAGAGCCUGGAUUCGAACCAGGAUCUCUAGUGGCACAGCUAGCACUGCGAUGCAGUGCCUUAGACCACUGCGCCACUCAGGAGAGUCAUGGCUGAACGACGACAUGGAUAACAUACAGCUGGCGGGAUAUAUGCUGCAUCGGCAAGAUAGAACAGCUUCCUCCGGUAAGACAAGGGGUGGCGGUCUGUGUAUAUUUGUAAACAACAGCUGGUGCACGAAAUCUAAUAUUAAGGAAGUCUCAAGGUUUUGCUCGCCUGAGGUAGAGUAUCUCAUGAUAGGCUGCAGACCACACUAUUUACCAAGAGAGUUUUCAUCUAUAUUUUUCUUAGCUGUCUAUUUACCACCACAAACCGAUGCUGGCACUAAGACCGCACUCAAUGAGCUGUAUAAGGCCAUAAGCAAACAGGAAAACGCUCAUCCAGAGGCGACGCUCCUAGUGGCCGGGGACUUUAAUGCUUAAAUCAGUUUUACCUCAUUUCUACCAGCAUGUUAAAUGUGCAACCAAAGGGAAAAAACUCUAGACCACUUUUACUCCACACACACAGGUUCGUACAAAGCUCUCCCACGCCCUCCAUUUGGCAAAUCUGACCAUAACUCUAUCCUCCUGAUUCCUGCUUACAAGCAAAAACUAAAGCAGGAAGCACCAGUGACUCGGUCAAUAAAGAAGUGGUCAGAUGACACAGAUGCUAAGCUACAGGACUGUUUUGCUAGCACAGACUGGAAUAUGUUCCGGGAUUCUUCCGAUGGCAUUGAGGAGUACAUCACAUCAGUCACUGGCUUCAUCAAUAAGUGCAUCGAUGACGUUGUCCCCACAGUGACCGUACAUACAUACCCCAACCAUAAGCCAUGGAUUACAGGCAACAUCCGCACUGAGCUAAAGUGUAGAGCUGCCGCUUUCAAGGAGCAGGACUCUAACCCGGACGCUUAUAAGAAAUCCCGCUAUGCCCUCCGACAAACCAUCAAACAGGCAAAGCGUCAAUAGAGGACUAAGAUUGAAUCAUAUUACACCGGCUCCGACGCUCGUCGGAUGUGGCAGGGCUUGCAAACUAUUACAUACUACAAAGGGAAGCACAGCCGCGAGCUUCCCAGUGACAGGAGCCUACCAGACGAGCUGAAUUACUUCUAUGCUCGUUUCAAGGCAAGCAACACUGAAGCAUGCAUUAGAGCAUCAGCUGUUCCGGACGACUGUGUGAUCACGCUCUCCGUAGCCGAUGUGAGGAAGACCUUUAAAUAGGUCAACAUUCACAAGGCCGCAGGGCCAGACGGAUUACCUGGACGUGUUCUCCGAGCAUGCGCUGACCAACUGGCAAGUGUCUUCACUGACAUUUUCAACCUGUCCCUGACUGAGUCUGUAAUACCAACAUGUUUCAAGCAGACCACCAUAGUCCCUGUGCCCAAGAACACUGAGGUGACCUGCCUAAAUGACUACCGACCCGUAGCACUAACGUCUGUAGCCAUGAAGUGCUUUGAAAGGCUGGUCAUGGCUCACAUCAAUACCAUUAUCCCAGAAAACCUAGACCCACUCUAAUUUGCAUACCGCCCCAACAGAUCCACAGAUGAUGCAAUCUCUAUUGUACUCCACACUGCCCUUUCCCACCUGGACAAAAGGAACACCUACGUGAGAAUGCUAUUCAUUGACUACAGCUCAGCGUUCAACACCAUAGUGCCCUCAAAGCUCAUCACUAAGCUAAGGACCCUGGGACUAAACACCUCCCUCUGCAACUGGAUCCUGGACUUCCUGACGGGCCGCACCCAGGUGGUAAGGGUAGGUAACAACACAUCUGCCAUGGUAAUCCUCAACACGGGGGCCCCUUGGGUGUGUUCUCAGUCCCCUCCUGUACUCCCUGUUCACCCAUGACUGCAUGGCCAGGCACGACUCCAAUACCAUCAUUAAGUUGUCGCGGCCAGGCUCUGUCGUAGCCGUCCGCGACCGGGAGACCCAUGGGGCGGCGCGUAAUUGGUCCAGCGUUGUCCAGGGUAGGGGAGGGAAUGGCCGGCAGGGAUGUAGAGCAUGGCGUUUGCAACGCCAGGGUUGUGGGUUCGAUUCCCACGGGGGGCCAGUAUUAUAAAUAUAAAAUAAUGUAUGCACUAACUGUAAGUCGCUCUGGAUAAGAGCGUCUGCUAAAUGACUAAAAUGUAAAUGUAAAAUGUAAGUUUGCCGACGACACAACAGUGGUAGGACUGAUCACCGACAACGAUGAGACAGCCUAUAGGGAGGAAGUCAGAGACCUGGCCGUAUGGUGCCAGGAUAACAACCUCUCCAUCAACGUGAUCAAGACAAAGGAGAUGAUUGUGGACUACAGCAAAAAGAGGACCGAGCACGCCCCCAUUCUCAUCGACAGGGCUGUAGUAGAUCAGGUUGAGAGCUUCAAGUUCCUUGGUGUCCACAUCACCAACAAACUAUCAUGGUCCAAACACACCAAGACAGUCGUGAAGAGGGCCCGACAAAGCCUAUUCCCCCUCACAAGACUUAAAAGAUUUGGCAUGGGUCCUCAGAUCCUCAAAAAGUUAUACAGCUGCACCAUCGAGAGCAUCCUGACUGGUUGCAUCGCUGCCUGGUAUGGCAACUGCUCGGCCUCCGACCGCAAGGCACUACAGAAGGUAGUGCGUACAGCCCAGUACAACGCUGGUGUACCUGUGGAUGUAUUUCAAGGCCUACCUUCAAAUUCAGUGCCUCUUUGCUUGACAUCAUGGGAAAAUCAAAAGAAAUCAGCCAACACCUCAUAAUUUUGUUUUGUAGAUCUCCACAAGUCUGGUUCAUCCUUGGGAGCAAUUUCCAAAUGCCUGAAGGUGCCACGUUCAUCUGUACAAACAAUAGUACGCAAGUAUAAACACCAUGGGACCACGCAGCCGUCAUACCGCUCAGGAAUUAGAUGUGUUCUGUCUCCUAGAGAUGAACGUACUUUGGUGUGAAAAGUGCAAAUCAAUUCCAGAACAACAGCAAAGGACCUUGUGAAGAUGCUGGAGGAAACAGGUACAAAAGUAUCUAUAUCCACAGUAAAACGAGUCCUAUAUCGACAUAACCUGAAUGGCCGCUCAGCAAGGAAGAAGCCACUGCUCUAAAACCGCCAUAAAAAAGCCAGACUACGGUUUGCAACUGCACAUGGGGACAAAGAUUGUACUUUUUUGAGAAAUGUCCUCUGGUCUGAUGAAACAAAAAUAGAAUUGUUUGGCCAUAAUUACCAUCGUUAUGUUUGGAGGAAAAAGGGGGUGCUUGCAAGCCGAAGAACACCAUCCCAACCGUGAAGCACGGGGGUGGCAGCAUCAUGCUGUGGGGGUGCUUUGCUGAAGGAGGGACUGGUGCACUUCACAAAAUAGAUGGCAUCAUGAGGAAGGAAAAUUAUGUGGAUUUAUUGAAGCAACAUCUCAAGACAUCAGUAAGGAAGUUAAAGCUUGGUCGCAAAUGGGUCUUCCAAAUGGACAAUGACCCCAAGCAUACUUCCAAAGUUAUGGCUUAAGGACAACAAAGUAAAGUUAUUGGAGUGGCCAUUACAAAGCCCUGACCUCAAUCCUAUAGAAAAUGUGUGGGCAGAACUGAAAAAGCGUGUGCGAGCAAGUAGGCCUACAAACCUGACUCAGUUACACCAGCUCUGUCAGGAGGAAUUGGCCAAAAUUCACCCAACUUAUUGUGGGAAGCUUGUGGAAGGCUACCCGAAACAUUUGGCCCAAGUUAAACAAUUUUAAAGGCAAUGCUACCAAAUACUAAUUGAGUGUAUGUAAACUUCUGACCCACUGGGAAUGUGAUGAAAUAAAUAAAAGCUGAAAUAAAUCAUUCUCUCUACUAUUAUUCUGACAUUUCACAUUCUUAAAAUAAAGUGUUGAUCCUAACUGACCUAAAACAGGGAAUUUUUACUAGGAUUAAAUGCCAGGAAUUGUGAAAAACUGAGUUUAAAUGUAUUUGGCUAAGGUGUAUGUAAACUUUCGACUCCAACUGUAGCUUCCCGGACAGCUACUACCCCUCCACCCCCUCUUUUACGCUGCUUCUACUCUCUAUUUAUUAUCUAUUUAUAGUCACUUUAACUCUACCUACAUGUACAUAUUACCUGAAUUACCUCGACUAACCUGUGCUCCCGCAAAUUGACUCUGUACCGGUACCCCCUGUAUAUAGCCUCGCUAAUGUUAUUUUACUGCUGCUAUUUAAUUAUUUUUUAUUUUUACUUAACACUUAUUUUUCUUAAAACUGCAUUGUUGGUUAAGGGCUUGUAAGUAAGCAUUCCACUGUAAUGUCUACACCUGUUGUAUUUGGCGCAUGUGACGAAUACAAUUUGAUUUUAUGUGUCAUGAGCUGAAAUAAAACAUCCCAGAAAUCUUCCAUAUGCAGAAAAAGCUUAUUUCUCUCAAAUGUUGUGCACAAAUUAGUUUACAUCCUUGUUAGUGAGCAUUUCUCCUUUGCCAAGAAAAUCCAUCCACCUGACAGGUGUGACAUAUCAAGAAGCUUAAUAAACAUCAUGAUCAUUACACAGGUGCACCUUGUGCUGGGGACAAUAAAAGGCCACUCUAAAUUGUGCAGUUUUGUCACACAUCACAAUGCCACAGAUGUCUCAAGUUUGAGAGAACAUGGAAUUGUCACGCUGACUGCAGGAAUGUCCACCAGAGAUGCCAGAGUAUGUCCAACAGGCCUUACAACCGCAGACCACGUGUAUGGCAUCGUGUGGGCGAGCGAUUUGCUGAUGUCAAUGUUGUGAACAGAGUGCCCCAUGGUGUCGGUGGGGUUAUGGUAUGGGCAGGCAUAAGCUACGGACAACAAACAGAAUUGCAUUUGAUCGAUGGCAAUUUCAAUGCAGAGAGACCGUGACGAGAUCCUGAGGCUCAUUGUCGUGCCAUUCAUUCACCGCCAUCACCUCAUGUUUCAGCAUGAUAAUGCAUGGCCCAAUGUCGCAAGGAUUUGUACACAAUGUCUGGAAACUGAAAAUGUCCCAGUUCUUCCAUGGCCUGCAUACUCACCAGACAUGUCACCCAUUGAGCAUGUUUUGGAUGCUCUGGAUCGAUGUGUUCCAGUUUCUGCCAAUAUCCAGCAACUUUGCACAGCCAGUGAACACGUUUACAAGUGCACAGUAUUCCGGAUAGUAGCUCAAAUCCUGCAUAAGGUCUAUUUGGGACAAGCUGUUUAAAUGAACCUUUGAUAUUCCACUCACGAGUAUCCCUGUUUCCAUGAAUAAACAGAAUAUUCCUAAUUGAAGUUCAUGUGGGUAAAUGGAAUAGUAACUGAAAUAUGGACACUCACUGUAGGCCUAUAACCUCUCACAUAAUAUAAUAUUAAGUCCUGCAGAAUUAUGCAUUUUUUGCUUUAAAAUGUUAAUUUUGUCUCAGGAAAAUAGUAGUGGAGAAAUAUUAUUUAUUUAUUUCAGCAUCUCUUAAGAAAAUGUGAAUGUGCAUGUAAUGUGUUAUCUUUGAGACUGUUAUGCAAGCAGACAGUAUUUCAACCACAAAAUAUGCGCCCAAGAUUAACUGAAGUCUUAUCAGAAACGUUUCAUCGUUUUCUCAGCUUUCCAUUUCCUUAAAACCGGUUAAACUGAUGACAUUUUCCACAGGACCCAUCUUUCCACUGUUUUGGAGUUAUUACAUUUUCUCCCCGGCCCCUAAAUGAAACAGACAACUUUACCGGUGUUAACUAGAUUACUAAUGCAUUCAUUCUAUCAAUGUAAGACAUUAUUCUGGUGAGCACUACUUUAUUUAGUCUUCUGGGGCAACAAGUUAUGACUGAAGAGAAGCUGCUUGUAUCUAACUAUAGUUGACAAACAAAUUGCCCACCAAAUAUCGGAAAUGAUAAGCAGAAAGUUGUCUAACUUAGGGGUGAAAGUGGCCUGUAGGCUAUGCGGUCCAGUAUGGAGUAUCAGCAAAAUAAAUUAUUAUGGUGGAUCAAACUGUGCAGAUAACUUACUUUUGAAGUUUUUUGUUUGACAAUCAGAUAAAAAUAUCAUCACACAACACCCAUGAUAUGCAAAACUGAGCCUGCGCAGGUCUCGAAAAACAACAGAAAAGGGGAUAAGACGUUUACAUGCCACAGUAUACUGUCUAAGAUCAGCAUAUCCCAGGCAUCUUAUCCGGUUUUCUCAUAACCGGGAUGCAAUCGUUUUUGGGUUAUUGUAAAUGGGAUAUGAUGUUGACGUGUCAACUCAAAAAUGGGAUAUUGGUGUGAGUGGGACAACAUUCCACAGGCCACAGUCAACAGCCUGAUCAACUCUAUGCGAAAGAGAUGUGUCGCGCUGCGUGAGGCAAAUGGUGGUCACACCAGAUACUGACUGGUUUUCUGAUCCACGCCCCUACCUUUUUUUUAAGGGAGCUGUGGCCAUUAGAUGCAUAUCUGUAUUCCCAGUCAUGUGAAAUCUAUAGAUUAGAGCCUAAUUUAUUUAUUUCAAUUGACUGAUAUCCUUAAAUGAACUGUAACUCAGUAAAAUCUUUGGAAUUGUUGCAUGUUGAAUUGAUAUUUUUGUUUAAUGUAGAUCCAACAAUGUGUACGCCGCCAUCUUUUCAAUUUAAAAUCUUCUCUCAUUGAUCAAGACAGAUGAGUGUCAUCAUGAUGUGACACUUUGGGGUGGACCCCCCUGUCUCAAUCAAUGAGAGAAGAUUUUAAAUAGGCAAGAUGGCGGCAUACACAUUGUUGGAUUACUUCAUGUAUAAUUUGUAUCUAUAUUCAAACGCACCACCUGCAACUGGACAUUGCCAUUUUAGAAGAUAUAUGUUUGAAGAUAGUAUCGGUAAUACCAGUUUAGUUGAGAAAUCUCUGGCAACGUUUUGUAUAGGCAAACCUGUAACUCCCAGUAAUGGAUACCAUUUUUUUGGGCUAAAUCACAAUAACAAUCUGUAGCUAGUGUGCUGGCUGUAAGCAAACCUAGUGUUUUUGAGCAAAUUCAUAUUAUUAUUAUUAUUCCGCCUCUAUCGCAAUAUCUCAAUGCCCGAUUGGUUAAAAAAAAGGACUACUUUGGCAAUAUCAAAGUAUAUCAACACAGCUCAGACACCAUAAAUGGCAUAGAUUGUCCCCAUAGGUGGCGCUGUAAUAAGAAGUCCAAGGAUCAGCCCCGCCGUCCUGUUUGAUGUACAAACAUCAACAUUUGGUAUAUAAGUGUAUCUCAGCCUGCUCAUAAGCCAGCACCCCUUUCAUAAUAUUGAGUUGCACCCCCUUUUGUCCUCGGAACAGCCUCAAUUCAUCAGGGGCAUGGACUACAAGGUGUCAAGUGUUCCACAGAGAUGCCCCGUGUAGCUCAGUUGGUAGAGCAUGGCGCUUGCAACGCCAGGGUUGUGGGUUCGUUUCCCACGGGGGGCCAGUAUGAAAACUAACUGUAAGUCGCUCUGGAUAAGAGCGUCUGCUAAAUGAGUAAAAUGUAGAUGCUGGCACAUGUUGACUCCAAUGCUUCCCACAGUUGUAUCAAGUUGGCUGGUUGUGCUUUGGGUGAUGGACCAUUCUUGAUACACAUGGGAAAUUAUUGAGCAUGAAAAAUCCAGCAGCGUUGCAGUUCUUGACACACUCAAACCAGUGCGACUGGCACCUACUACCAUACCCCGUUCAAAGGCACUUAAAUCUUUUGUCUUGCCCAUUCACCCUCUGAAUGGCACACAUACACUAUCCAUGUCUCAAUUCUCUCAAGGUCUAAAAAUCCUUCUUGAACCCGUCUCCUCCUCUUCAUCUACACUGAUUUUAAGUGGAUUUAACAGUUGACAUCACCUGGUCAGUCUGUCAUGGAAAGAGCAGGUGUUCCUAAUGUUUUGUACACUCAGUGUAUGUUUGUUUAUGUCUUUUCCAUUGUAGCCUAUAUCUAGGCUAAUACAGUGUGAAUAGUUUUUAUCACACAAAAUUGCAUUAGAUGGAAAUAAUUAAUUAUACUGUCUUCACAGCAAUGGCAUCUAGGAGAAUUCGCUCCACGCGCAGACUACGCUCUUGGAUGGUUGAACAGGUGAAUGUUUGUGGAGGAAGGGUUCAAUAGUCACUAUUGUGCAAAUGUAUUUUCUUGUAAGAUAGGACCUUUUUAAUUGAAUUUAGUAUCUUGUGUUUUUAAAGUAUUGUCUAAAUGUAACGGCGCAUUCAGCAUAAUUCAGUCUUGCCGACUGCGAGCAUGUAUGAAAUAAUGUGCAAAUGUGUGUGGGAGAGAGAAGGAGGGAGAGGAGAAGAGAAGAGGGAGAGAGAAAGUGUACUGUAACCGCUGUUUAUAGUGGAUGUGUCUCAACUGGUGUGUCAUAGUGACCAGGGUCAAUUCCAUUUAAAUUCCAGUCAUUUCCGGAAGUGCACUUAAAUUCUAAUUCUCUUCAAUGCUUUUCAAUGUGGAAAAUUUGGAAUUUGGAUUACUUUCUGAAUUGAUUGGAAUUUAAAUGGAAUUGACCCCAACCCUGAUAUUGACCAGUACAGUCAGUGUACUGUCUGACUAAGACCUUGGGUUGAGCCCUAGUCUCACCCCCACCGUGUCUCACCCCCACUGUCUCUCCCCCACCAUGUCUCACCCCCACCCUGUCUUGUCUGUGUCUUUACCCCACCGUGUCUCACCCCCACCAUGUCUCACCCCCUACUGUGUCUCACCUGCACCAUACCUUGUCUGUGUCUCACCCCCACCGUGUCUCACCCCCACCGUGUCUCACCCCCACUGUUUCUCACCCCCAACCGUGUCUCACCCCCACCGUGUUUCACCCCCAUCCUGUCUUGUCUGGCUGCAGGUCAGCAGUGGGAAGUAUCCUGGCCUGAUAUGGGACGACAACGCCAAGACCAUGUUCCGUAUACCCUGGAAACACGCCGGGAAUCAGGACUUCCGUAGUGAAGAUGGAGCCAUCUUCAAGGUCCUGACACUAUGAACUUAUCACUACUAUCCUAGUUCAUUAACUCUUAAUUGUACAGUAGCCCCUCCUUAUUUAUAAUCUAUUAAAAACAUACAGUAGACAUUAUUUCCUGAGCUGUGUGUCUAAAUACAGUAGAUGUUAUUUCCUGAGCUUUGAGUCCAAAUUCCUCCCCUCUAUUAAACACAUACAGUAGACAUUCUUUCCUGAGCUGUGAGUCUAAAUGCCUCCCCUCCUCCUCCACAGGCAUGGGCGGUAUUCAAGGGGAAGUUGUCUGACGGGAGUCGUGCUGACCCUUCCUUCUGGAAGACCCGGCUGCGCUGCGCUCUCAAUAAGAGCCCAGAGUUCAGAGAGGUCAGCGAGAGGUCACAGCUGGACAUCUCCCAACGAUACAAAGUUUACCGCCUUGUACCCAUCAACGAACAAGGUGAGACACACGCACACAAACGCAUGCAUGCACACACACAGUUAGCUAUGCAAUGUUUUGUUCAUCAACCAACAAACGUGAGAUACACACAUGCAGUUAGUUAGUUAUGCAAUGUUUAUUUCUCUUCUAAGAUGCUCCAGCAAUUAUUUGCAGAAAUAGACAGGGUGUAG